AUGUCUUCGACAACAGGCAUUCAGUUAAUUGAUGAAUCGAUUCCAUGUUUUGAAAAGUGGACAAGUGUGCACGGAAAAGUCGUGUUACUUUAUGACAGCAAAAAAGAUGAAGGCAGUAAUAAAACCUUCAACACAAGUGUUAUGCAUAAAACAAACGUAUUUAUUAUUAACAUCGACGAAAAUGGCCAUUUCUUCGGCGUUUUUGUGAAGAAACCAAUGACAUUAGAUAACGGAUUUAAUGAGGACAGAGAUCACUUCAUUUUUGCAUUAAAUGGUGAAGGGAGAAAAUCGCCUGAAAUGUGGAGAAUGAAAACCACUGAAUUUGGUGGAAUUAAGUUGAUUAGAGAUGACGACAUUUUGUAUGAAGUGGGGACGUGUGACGGGUCUUUUGAAAUCUACAAAAUUGGGAUUAAAGAGUCGAAGUGUAAUAUGCUUGGCAUGGUGUAUAAUGGAAUGAGUGACAAAGAUCUGAAUGGAACUAAUUGGAUUAGAAAACAGAAGUUUGCAGUGAGUCGUGUUAUUGCUCUUCAGAUCUCCACUGACUAA